AUGACAAAAGCCGCCUUUCCUACUCAGAGACACACCAACCCUUUGAUCUGGAUCGCAGCCAUAUUCUGCGCCAUCGUAUCCCUAGCAGUGAUCAUCGCAGGAGUCGUCGUGUUCGCCGGAUACAUGAUCAUCCAUCCGAGGGUGCCUUUCAUCAGCGUCACCUCCGCCAGCCUCGACACUUUACGUUAUGAUCAAGCUGGUCUUUUCGAGAUCCAAAUGAUCAUUGUUAUCAGGGCCGAGAACGACAACGCCAAAGCCCAUGCAAGCUUUUCGCACACCAGUUUCAUGCUCAGCUUUCAGGGGCUGGUGUUGGCUAAACUCGUCUCCGGCCCUUUUGAUGUGAGUAAAAACAGUUCCACCGAUUUUAACUAUGAGCUGCCAUCUUCUCAAAUACCUUUGGAUCCUAUGCAAAUGGAGGAAGUAGACUCGUCUUUGAAGAAAAAUGAAAUCUCGUUCGAUUUGAGAGGGAGCUCGAGAGCUAUGUGGAGAGUUGGGCCCUUUCGGUCGGUUAAAUUCUGGUGCCGCCUGGAGUGUCAACUUCGGUUCCAUACCUCGAACGGAACUUAUAUAAACUCCCGUUGCAGCUCCAAAUCCAAGUGA